AUGAAGACUCGGCAAAGAAGCCCUCGCAAACCUCGAGGCGCGGCACCCGCUGACUCCCAUUCGGAGCAAGAGGUAACAAAGGUGAAAAGAUUUGCCGCGGCGUCAAGUGUUCGUAGUGCCAGGUUCUACAUAGACGAUGAACGCAGGAAAACAGACACCACUACUGGGGCACAGUAUCUGGAUCCACCGCCUGAAGGUGAGAACCUGCUAGAGGCAGUCCUCGUGAUUCCUAAAGGGCAUAUGCUUCUUCAAGAGUUGUCCGAUACCUCUUUACUCGAUACUAUCAAGACGGAGAAGGAGGUCUGGAUCAAACAGGACAAGCAUAACGUUCUGCAUAUUUACAGCCGCACAAUGUGGUGUCUACAGGAGGGAUUCAAAGCUGUCAACUGGGCUCUUCAUGAUUUGAGCCUGGCGAGACAGAAUGUGUCUACUCGAUUCUUGGUCCAGAAACCCAUAAAUGCUGGUGCAGACGGUCUCAUCACCGUCAAUCUGGAUUGUCGUCCUCGAGUACAACAACGUCAAAGGACGCUGACCGGGACCGCAGAGGUGGCUGCCAACGUCCUAAAGCAGCUCGGUUCGAAUUUUUCGUCUUCUAUGAACACGCUUCGGACCAUUGAACGGCCGCUUCGUAUGCAUGUAGCCUUUGGGCAAGUUGUCAUUCGAUCCCGGAAGAGAGGGGUAGGAAACACCAUGCCAUACUCCGAUUUUACACAGAUGGCUCUGCAAUAUGGAACUAAAGGUGGAGCUGAGCUAGAUAUGAGAAUGCCAGAUUUCAACCAGACCUCAAAAUUGAUCUCACACCUCUUGGACCCUGAAACAAGCAUCUACCAUCGCAUAGAAUGCGUUACUUACAAUGACAGCAUUCGUAUCAAGAUCAAAGACCAAAUCCUCACAGCUGAUGUAGCAUAUAUGCAAAACGGACAGCCGAGCCUGACCAACUCCCGCUUGGUGGUAUCAGAAGAGUGGCCACCUCUUAGGUGGAUCACAGUAGCUCCAGACAGAAAAUAUGACUGGGCUCUCCAGGUCGACAGCAACUUGCAAGUUCAACCCAUACCUGAGCAUGUCGAACGUUUGCUCAGAGACCUUGUGAUCUGCACCGAAAAACCAGAGACUUGUGACCCGCGAGACCUCGAUCACAGAUGUUUGAACAUCAAUGUCAAGGGUCCUGCGAAAUGGACUGGCAAGCUGGGUGAGGUUCGUACAAAAUUGUCAGCUUUGAUACCCUUUCGCGAUACGCCAUUCGUGAUAGAGAUAAGCAGGAAUCAUAUAUGGAGAGAUGUGAAUACGAAUGAGGCUCUUCAUUCGUGGACGGAAAUCCAAAUGCUUGGUCGUCACUGGGAGGACAGCCUCAACUACAAAAAAAAGCACGAGUCGAAGAAGGACUGGGGCCUUCACCAGUGCAAUAUCUGGGCAGGCUCGGAAAUGACUGCAGAAGACCAGUUCGCAGGUUUUAUUUGCCAUGUUUUAGAGGUAUUAUCUGCGCUGGAAGGGUCAGACGUUGAUGACAUAACAGAGUAG